AUGAAUUUCGAUAUCGCAGCUGAAGAAAUGCGACGUCUCGAUGGUGAGCCAAAUGAGAAUGAGAAAUUGCAACUGUACGGUCUUUAUAAACAAGCAAUUCAUGGCGACAUACCAUCCAUCGAAGAUUAUCCCAAACCAUCCGACAAUAAUCAGUGGAAUUUACGUAAAUACAAUGCUUGGAUAAGAAACAAAGGAAAAGAUCGGCAACAGUGUGAAGAAGAGUAUGUACAAAUAGCUGAAGAAAUGAUCAAAAAAUAUGGUCGGAAAAUUAUACGCUGUAAAUGGAACAGUGAAGUGUGGACUGUUGAUUACUGA